CUCGGCUUCCGGUUCCGACGGGCUUCUAACUGCUUCAGUGCUACGUGUCUCUGGCGUUGGGAGUAGGAACUCAGCGGGCAGGAAAUCAUGGAUCAAGUUAUGCAGUUUGUUGAGCCGAGUCGGCAGUUUGUGAAGGAUUCAAUUCGGCUGGUUAAAAGAUGCACCAAACCUGAUAGAAAAGAAUUCCAGAAGAUUGCCAUGGCAACAGCAAUAGGAUUUGCCAUAAUGGGAUUCAUUGGCUUCUUUGUAAAAUUGAUCCAUAUCCCUAUUAAUAACAUCAUUGUGGGUGGCUGAAUACAUUUUUGAAGAUCUUCAUCUUUGGGAUUAGUGAACAAGUGAGGGUUUGAGAAGCUUAUGAAGUAAAAACUUGUGUUUUGGGGUACUUUAUGGGGUUUUUCACCUUCCCUUCCAAAAUGUUUUUUAUUUCUAAAUUAAAAUAACUUCAAGCUUAAAAAAUAUUUCACCUUUUUUCCACCAGAUAUUUAUCAAAUU